AUGGCGACCGGUGAGAGGCGAUCAAAUCUCAGGUUGCUCAAGACCUCUCCGAUUCUGGACCAAAGCGACACACGCAUGACUCGCCAUAGAGACUGUUUCAGACUGUGUAAUUACAACGCAAGAACAGUGUCCACAGACACUGACCUGCAUGCCUUUCUCGGAGCUGCAGAGCGUUUCAAAUUUCAUGUGAUUGCUCUGCAGGAGACCAAGUGCAGAAGGAGCGACGUUCGACAGAUGAAUCACGGCACACUCGUCAUUCGUGGAGAGAAUGUUCCGUCGCGAAAUGUAGGCGGUGUUGAUUUUGUUGUGUACCCAUCUGUCGUCCCUCUUGUCGAUUCUCACGAGAUCCUGUCACCUCGUCUGGCCAUUCUUCGCCUCCGCUCUGCGCCAAAAACCCAUCAGUAUCAUCAACUGCUACUCACCAACAUCAGCAGCUGA